UCUAAUACUAUAUCCGGAGUUUCCUGAAUAGCAGUGUCUAUAGAAUUCUGUAGAUGAUUCCAAAAGGAUUGUGCGAUAUUAGGAGGCCUAUACAGAGUACACAGAAGCUGUUUUUUUUAUAUGGAAACUGAAUCUCCGUCCAAAUAACCUCACCCACUUGAAAUUCUAUGUAUAUACUGCUACCCUCCCGGGGUUCCCCGGUCAUUGCGGUAUAACUUAUAAUCACCCAGGAGUAUAUCAGCGUCAGAAAUAGAAGCAUCAAGAAACAACACGAUGUCGCUAUCAUUGAAGUAUCGGACGUCCUUGUGUGUAAUUGGACUCCUCGUUUCUGUGUAUUAUAUACUUUGUCAAUUCAUGGAAUCACCAGUCCAGCCUGGAGGUACGACAAAUACUCGUAAAGCCGCUACUCAAAGCGUCCCAAUGACCAUGACACAUCGAGGGGCCGAAAAAGGAAGUAUCUAGCGACACAGCGCCAUUUGCACUUUACGAUGCAGAGCGAUUCAAAGACGAUGCUAUCCUCCAAAAGGAAAUACGUGUGGAUUCUGUUUAUAGGAUCGGAGCCUCACAAUACAAACGAAUCCGCCACGUCGUACAGAGUAGCCUCAGGGAUGUACGUGUCGAGAGUUUACAGAGAAUGACUAGAGAAGUGGUAUCCGAGAUCUAUCAUAGAUAUAUGAACACGCUUCAGUUUUUCUGUCCAAACAAGGAUAUGUUGGGAGGUGUCGGUUCGGGUCGAUACGUCUGUACGGGUUUCUCUACGAACGGGAAAUGUCUUGUCUACGAUAUCACCGAUGAAAAGAAAACUGUGUUCUUUAAAACAGAUGUUGAAGAUGUGUACAAAUGUGAACAAAGACAGCUAAAAACAAGUGAUAUUAGAACAGAAAUGGAAAGUUUGAACCUGGAGACACCUCUCACAAACAUGCUGACCCGUGAGGUAAGAAUCGACGUCCUUUUAAUACGAGGUGACGGAGCAGGCGACAUUGCUAAUGGACUUCUCCAACGCGGGGUUCUACGUCACGUCGACCAGCUGUCCAUAGACUUCCACGCAGUGAAUAACGUCACUUCCGUUUCCAACUACAUCAAGCAAAUACUCCUGUUAAAAACUCUUUACGAGGAAGGAUUCAGAAUCUACCAUUUUGAAAGAGAUCCGAAAUAUAUCUUCUCAGACAAUCCUUGGCGGACAGGAGGAUACACGCUAAAUAUGAUGAGAGAGAGAAGAGUAGACGGCCCGCUAGGUGUUCCCAUCACGGUGAAAAAUUCGACGAAAAGACAGUUGCUCAACCCGUUGUUCAGCUACCUAUUGACGACCGAGGUACUCUGUAAAGAAAUACUACGGGUUGGUGACAUUGACGAUGGCGGCUGGGAUGUAUGUGUCGAUGAUAAAUACAGACCGUCCUCCCCAUGUCUAGUCUACUCAUUUGGCAUAAAGGAUGACUGGUCAUUCGAUGAAAGGAUAGCGUCGCGAUUUGGCUGUGAAGUGCACAGCUUCGAUCCUAGUAUUGGACUACUGGACCAAAGACGAUCUCAACUACAAUGGUUCCACAAUCUCGGAUUGUCCGGCCAAAAUGGCACCAUUAAAAGGAAAGGCGUCGAAUGGAGCAUGAUGAAUUUGAAAUCGAUUCGGACGAUGUUGGGACAUAACAAUCGUCAAAUUGACAUUUUGAAAAUGGACAUAGAGCGAUCAGAAUGGAUAUCCCUACCCAACAUUCUGGAAACCGGAAUUUUAAAGGAUGUCAAACAAUUUUACAUGGAAGUUCAUUUUGUCACCAAUCGUUGGCCUGUCAAUAUCUUCGCCGACUAUUUAGAAUUACUGAGACAAAUACAUAAAAUGGGGUUCCGGCUUUUCUGGUCUCAUCCAAAUCAAGUACCUGAAAAUGUUGGAAAGUCGAAGUUUAACGAUCGAAUUGUGUCGGCGUGUUACGAAUUAUAUUACGUUAAUAUAAAUAAGUAACGGUUAUAGUAUACGCGAGUGAGUGUGUGGGAAGGAAGGAAGGAAGGAAGGAAGGAAGGAAGGAAGGAAGGAAUCGUCUAUAUGAUGAGUUUUAUAGGCGGAAAAAUCCAAACUCUUUGGUUGAGGCAGGGGCAGGGUAAUCAAUUGUUAAGCCAGUUUCAAUUUUCAAAUCUAGAACAAGGUAGUGACAACGAAAGUACCAGACAUACAUAUUGCUUUCAACCAGUUGACGGUAGGAAUCAAGAUGUAAUUAUUUUCUCUUUGAGGUGGCACUACCGGUACUUGUACGUGUAAAUGGACUUAUGUUUAACGUGUACGUCUCAUUUAGGCGACACGGGUAACAGCUAACACAUGUAAUGUUUUUAUUCUAUUAAUGAGAUAGGUAUAGGUAAGUGAUGAAUUUGUAUGUGUGUGCGAAAUGUGUGUUUUUGUGUCUUUGUUGUUUUGUUUGAUGUUAUUUAUUUAUUUAUUUAUUUAUUUUUUUCAUUCAUGAUGUUUUUAAUAAACAUAUCAGUCAGUGCCUAUGUCGCAGUGAAAUAUA